AUGGCUGUUAGCCAGUCAGAUAUCGGUGUACAAGAAGAUGAAACGUUUUCCUGCCUUAUGUCGACUAGUAUGCCAGGUGUGCUCGAUUGCCCUCUCGAGACACAGAACAUUGGUGCUGGUUCUCUCGGUUACCCUUGUACAGCGCACUCGACCUCUAUCAAUCCAGGUUUCCCUUUGUCUCCUAUGUCUUCUUGCCAGCAUAAUCAAAUUCAAUCCAACAGUGAAUUAUCACAACAGGAGCAUCUCCAACAUCCUCAGCACGACCUUUCUCCGAUUCAAGAUCAGCAACAACUGCAUCCAUCUGUGUUCUCAACUAUUACUCGGCCUGAUUCAUCCCAUAAUUUUCCGGAUAGUCAACUGAACUGCCAGCAUCACCAAAAUCAUCAAUUCUCACAGCAUCCUCUUCCUCUUUCCUGUCUGGCUGACAACUCAAUACAGACAGAACCGCAUAUUUUAUCUGCGCCCUCGGCGGUGACGGCAGCUCGAUGUGGCCUGAAGGCUGCUCAGCAGUCGGUUGGCGUUGCUACAACCAACUUUGUUCAAGAUGUGGAGACAAGUACUUCAUUACCUCUUGGUCUUCCUCCUUUAUGGGGGCCUUUAAGGUCAGGUCCUCUAGAGGCUCCAUCUCUUUUGAAUGUUACUGAAGGCACUCGCGUUUUAUUCACUCAAAAGUCGAUAGAAUGUGCUCACUUACAGUCACGGCAUUCUGAAGACUCUCUAGCAGGACUGGUAUGUUAA